CCGUCGUUGAGCUGAUCCACAUAUCCUGUCCGGAAGUAGCCGUUCUGAAUAUCAGGAAGUUUGGGCGGUGGUUGAACAGGCCGUCAGUUUAUUGGGUUUCAGGUAAAUCACACCAGAGGCAACAUGUCCAGCAAAAGUCGCGUGAAGGCCAAGACUGCCAGGAAGCGCCCUCAGCGCGCGACCUCCAAUGUCUUUGCUAUGUUCGACCAGUCACAGAUUCAGGAGUUCAAGGAAGCCUUCAACAUGAUCGAUCAGAACCGUGACGGCUUUGUGGACAAGGAAGAUCUGCAUGACAUGCUGGCCUCACUGGGUAAAAACCCGACUGAUGCAUAUUUGGAGGCGAUGAUGAAUGAAGCUCCUGGGCCAAUUAACUUCACAAUGUUCCUCACCAUGUUUGGAGAGAAGCUGAAUGGUACUGACCCAGAAGAUGUCAUCCGCAACGCCUUUGCCUGCUUUGACGAAGAAGGAACCGGGUUCAUCCAGGAGGACUACCUGCGGGAACUUCUGACCACGAUGGGUGACCGCUUCACAGAUGAGGAGGUUGACGAGCUCUUCAGAGAGGCCCCAAUUGACAAGAAGAACAACUUUAAUUAUGUGGAGUUCACACGUAUCCUCAAACACGGAGCCAAAGACAAGGAUGACUAAAUUCAGAAACCUCCAUGCAUCAUCAACCCUUCCUCUUUAAUCUUCAUUCUCAGUUAAAGGAGCUUUAUGUAACGUUUCUGGAAAUAUUCUGAGAUAAAUGCCAACCUCAAAAAUCUGCCUGGCUGCUCUGUUUGUUUGUGGUUUAUUUAAAGGUAAACUUAAAGGAGAAAACGUGUCUAGAUUAAGACCAAAUCACUGAACGUGUUGGGAUAAGUAUCACCCUUUUGUUGAAGUUUUGUAUUGAAUGAGUCCAAUAUUGGACACGGCACAGUUGAUUAGGAGUGCGAGUGAGUCACGUUGUGAUUGGUUUAACGGUGGGUUAUUUCAGACUCUUUUGAAUCCAUACAUGUAAUUAGGGUAUGUAUAUGCAUUAUUAAUUAUGAUUAUUUGAUUAUAUCUUGGGCCUCUUUUUUCUAAAUCCCAUUAAAGUGUACCUUCAAGUAAACUCAACAGACACUUAAUUUAGAUGCAGCAGAACUGCACACAAGUCUUAGACCUCCUGGAGGUCCAGUUUCUCAGUGCUUUAAAUGUGGUCAAAUGUGAAGUGGUGGUGGGGUCGACAAGCAUGUUUGCUGUUAUGUCCUGAUCCAGCUGAAUUUUUACAUUUUAUAAUAUGGACUUUUUGAAUAAAUUACUUAAAUUGUAA